AUGAUGCUGCUCCAGACAUACUCACCUGAGGAUGGUAUAGCUGUGCCACUAAACAGUAAUGGUAGUGGCCAAAACCAUUCCCAUGUGGACUGGUCCAAGAAUCUGAUCGUUCUCCACGAGCAGACAGAGGUCCACAUGAACAUGGGGGAGAGGAAAGUGAUCCCCGUGCUCAUCAUAGCCACUUGCUGGUCCAACGAUGUGUCGUACGUCCUUACACUCAAGUCGUCCAACCCUUCCGUUGGCUAUUUCACCGGUGGUCAAAACCUGUCCUUCACACUUUCCUGUGACGUGAAAGAUGACAGUGAUCCAUUCUAUGAACUGGAAAUGAAAGGAUUUGACCAUGGUGUAUUCGCAGCGUUUACUCAAGACAAGGACACGAUUUUGACGGAUUUCAAAUCCCAGCCCAAUGCAGUCCGAUCUGUCCGGAGGGUCAUUAAGUUGAUGAACGUGAGCCUUGAGGCUGAUUUGUUAGGCAGGACGUGGUUGACGUUUUCCUCCAAUCAGACAUCACGUGACCCAGCAGGAGGUCUGACCACCACGGACAAGGUAGAACAAACAGCCAACAUCAGCAACAAUGGGCUGCAGAACGGGAAUUCCCCCGAUGGUCAAACUGUACACCAGAUUCCUGUCGUGGUGUUCAGGAACAUGCGACCGAUAGAUAUUAUUUUCAGAGUUGUGUUGUACACGUGCGUGGCCUUGACCUCUAUCGGUAUGGGGUGUAAGACAGACCUGGGCAUUGUGAAGGAAGUAUUGAAGAAGCCCGUGGCCCCAGUGAUGGGAUUCAUAGCGCAGUAUGUCUGCAUGCCUUUGAUUGCCUUCACGGUCUCCCAGGUGGUCCCCUUGGACAACCCGGCUGUCAGGUUGGGCAUCUUUGCCUGUGGCGUGUGUCCGGGAGGAGGUGCCAGCAAUAUCUUCUGUUACUUGCUCAACGGUGACGUGUCACUGAGUGUGACCAUGACGUGCAUCAGCUCUGUCAGCGCUCUAGGUGAGGAGAGAGAGAGAGAGAGAGAGAGAGAGAGAGAGAGAGAGAGAGAGAGAGAGUACGCAGUUGAUCAUAGCUCUCAAUCCAUGAUACCUCUGUGGAUGUUUACCCUUGGUCAGCGAUUCAACGACGACAAGAUUUCUGUGAACGUCCCAUUCCUGAAAAUCCUACAGACGUUGGCGCUGAUUUUGAUUCCCAUUUUCUUCGGUUUUUUCCUGAAUCUGAAGUUCCCAAAGGUGGCGGCAAAAGUUAAGAAACUUAUCACACCUGUCGCUAUAGUAACGGUUGUUUUCAUAUUGACUGUUGGGAUCUAUUCUAAUCUCUACAUGUUCAGACUAUUCCGAGGGGGUACAGUGGCAGCUGCCUGUCUGCUACCUUACGCAGGGUACAUUCUUGGCGGGGUUUUAGCUUUGAUUUCCUGCCAAACGUGGAGCCGCGUCAAGACAGUAUCCAUAGAGACGGGAAUACAGAACACGAGCGUGGCGUAUUUGAUGCUGACAUUUUCUCUUCCGGCGCCUGACAGCGAUUUGGCGGCCGUGGGAUCUGCUUCUUCCGCUUUUAUGACGCCACUUCCGCUUCUAGUUGUUAGUGUUGUGUAUAUCUUGUACAACAAGUGGAAGCGAAAACACGCCAACGAUCAGGCUGGCGGGGGAAGUGAGGGUGACGACGAUGAUGAAGCCAGUAGUCCCAUGACUGAAAUGCUGAGCUCCAAGGAGGACAAACAGGGGAAGGAACUCUCUCUCUCUCUCUCUCUCUCUCUCUCUGUUUGUGUGUGUCUCUCUCUCCCCCUAGAGAGAGAGAGAGAGAAAGAGAGAGAAAGAGAGAGAGAGAAAGUG